CAGCGGCCUUUUACCACAUGAUCAGCCGUGUCCAAAAUCACCGGUAAAUGCAGUUGCCGGCUAUUGGCUGCACUUUCCUCACGCUGUCACAUUGUUAGGAAAGUACUGCUGAUAACUGGCAAUUGGCACUGUAGAUCAGUGCCCUGAUGAUCGGUGCCCAGCAGUGCCACCCACCUGUGCCGAUCAGUGCCUAGUAGUGCCACCCACCUAUGCCCCGCGGUGCCACCCACCAGUGCCCAGCAGUGCCCCCAUCAGUGCCACCCAUCAGUGCUGCCCAGCAGUGCCAUCCAUCAGUGCUGCCAGUUAGUGCCCAUCAGUGCCGCCAGUCAGUGCCUGCUAUCAGU